AUGUCAGCAUGUCCUAAGGUCAAUAACACGCACAGUGCCUUACCUAUCCAGCGCACUCUACUUGAGAAGCCUGUCUCGAUCGAACUUCCCGUGAAGCAGCCUCGUGUUCAACGCGAAUAUACCACAAGCCCGCCAGACGCACAUCUCCAUACUCCACGGGCCUUUCAUGGCUUCAUACCUCUUAGCACCCCUGUUUAUUUGCCUGAUCUUGCCGGCAGUAAUGCCCAGAAAAUGCACUUAGACUACUUCUCGGUCCCAAAGAAAGAGAGUGUCGUAUCGCCAGCUCCUGUCCAGUACGAAUCUAAUGUCUUCGUACCACUGUGUUCGGUUGCUGCCGUGGAACAGGGCAUGGAUGCGGCAGACUACUUCUCACAAUCUUCCACUCAAAUAAAUCAAGAGACAACUCAAAAGGCAUUUGUUGCUGUUUCUAACGACCAAAUUCCCCGCACCCCAGCCCCUGUGCCUCGUCUUCAGUUUUCCGGUCAUACCAUUCGUAUCUCGAUUCAGGACCUGAAGCACCCAACAGGCAGCCCGGUCCACGAGCGUGACAUCACCUCUUCCUACACAGGAUUGUACAGUCCAUCAGAUUUCAACGUCAACUCGCAAGGCGGAGACAGCUGUUCUGACAAGUUGAACGGUAUAGCAAAAGGACAAGAAAGUGGUCAAAGUAAGGAAGCGAUGGAGGCCACACUCAAUACACUGGAGGAGCGCAACCGAAUCUUUGAAAAGUGUGUAUUGAAUCUCGAGCAUGCUGCACUUGGACUUGAUGCUGUUCAAAGUCAGCUAGAGCGCACAAAGUCGACAUCGAGCUUCAGGUCAGCUAAGUCGAGUGUGUGCUCGGAACAAACCGUGAAAGAACCUACAGAUGAUGAGCCAACGAGAGAAACGGCAUGGCAGUCGCUUGCCGAGACCAUAUCGCUUCCAGAUAGCGAAAGCAUCGAUGAAGAAGAAGACGAGGAUGAUGGUGACGGAUUUCUCAAGAUCAACGUCUUUGAUGUCGAUGGCGGUCGAAGAAGCCUCGCGCCAUGCAUGGACACGAUACCUGAGGUCGAAUAUCCUGUUCGAAAGUCUUCUCUUUUGCCAUAUAGUAGCCUUCUUUCUCCACCUCAUCGACAUAGGCGCAAACUCGGACCACUUCGUACCUCCACGCCUUCCGAUCCUUCGAUUUACAAAACUGCUACAUCGACUUCAACCAAGGUAUUAGCUUCGCUUCUCGUUGGGCCCAAGAUCAACAUCGGCAACGGAUCUAGUGGCGAAGUUUAUGUAUCCGGGGUGCCUGAGCGCAUGCUUGUGUAUUUUUGCGGCCAAGAAGCCGUAUCGCGAUUGUUGCCUGGCUACAAUACACCCCAGGAAGUACUCGAAGUGCCGGCUUCGGAAGCUGAGAAAAAAGGCAUUGUCAGAGUUAUGAGGUUCAUGCGACGCUGCUGUUCUCCGAGAAGCCAUGCGAGUAGCGGCGACAUGCAAAUACCUCAGGGAAAUGAUUACCUCAGAGACGGCAUUGACACAGUGCGCGCAUGCCGAGUCUUCGACCUCCGGGUAGAUGCUGAUCGCAUGGAGCGACUUGUAGUCCAGAAUUUGGUCCUUUCAGACGACGCCAUCGAUCAAGUUUGGAAUGGACACUUUGGUUGUAUGCGGGAUACUUCUUUCGGAGAUGCGGUUGUGUGGUUUAUUUUGACGGAGACGCAGAAAGACCGGAUUGGAAUGGGAGAGGAGCUGAUAUGUAUGCUAGAAUACGAAGAGUUUAAAGAGUUGAAAGAAAGGGUUAGGGAAGAGGUAAAGAUCAGGAAAUGGAGGUGUGAAGCGAGAGAUGAGUAUCUGGACAGAUGUCACCGGGACAGAAACAGAAAGCAGAAGAUACGACUCAGACUUCAGAACCAAGAGAGUGAUCGAAUGGCAAAACUUGUGGAAGUUCGGACUCAAAACAAGGAGGCCAGCGCAGGCAUCAAAAACAUGGCAGGCUCCAUCCACUCUUUCAGCACGGAAAAAGGCCUUCCGACUCUGCCAUCAGAUCCACACCUCAAUGCUGAGAAUGAUGACGCUGCAAGCACCAGUCCGUCCCAGAACGUAGCAAUCUCCAUUCGCUCAAUGGACACGAAUAAGGAACUUCCGACACCGCCGUCAGAGACAGAGUCGGCAUUGAGUACAGAGGCUACGGCUUCGGAUAUGUAUGCGACUUUUGUUCGUUCACUCGGUAAUGCCCCGCGGAGUGUCCAGAGCAACAGGCCAAUGAGAAGAGACCCAACCACCAGCACUGGAUUGCGUUUAAUACUUGAGGAUAUGUCGAAUGACGCUUGGGAGGCACCCCGGGCAGCGCCUGUCCCAAGGAUCAAAUCCAGCUUGUGGAUGCGGUUGAAGCAUGCUUUCGACGAGUGA